AUGCCUGCAGCCCCCCUGCUCAGCACCGCCAACGGUGCCAAUGCCAAUGAUAACAUCACUCGCUUCGAGCCUCCCAGCCGAGUGCGGUCUCCCUUCGCCGAUGCCCUUUUCCACAACAAGACAAGAUGCUUCGUAUAUGGUAUGCAGCCCCGAGCUGUCCAGGGUAUGCUUGACUUCGACUUCAUCUGCAAGCGGACUACCCCCUCCGUUGCUGGUAUCAUCUACACAUUCGGCGGUCAAUUCGUCAGCAAGAUGUACUGGGGUACUAGCGAGACUCUGCUUCCCGUCUACCAGGACACCGCAAAGGCCAUGGCCAAGCACCCUGACGUCGACACCGUCGUCAACUUCGCCUCUUCCCGUUCGGUCUACAGCUCUACUAUGGAGCUGAUGCAGUUCCCUCAGGUUAAGUCCAUUGCCAUUAUCGCAGAGGGUGUCCCAGAAAGGCGCGCUCGCGAAAUCCUUGUCGCUGCCCAGGAGAAGGGCAUCACCAUCAUUGGACCUGCUACUGUCGGUGGUAUUAAGCCUGGUGCCUACAAGAUCGGUAACACUGGUGGUAUGAUGGACAACAUUGUUGCCUCAAAGCUUUACCGCAAGGGUUCCGUUGGCUAUGUCUCCAAGUCUGGUGGUAUGUCGAACGAACUGAACAACAUUAUCUCGCAAAACACCGACGGUGUUUACGAGGGUGUCGCCAUAGGUGGUGACCGCUACCCUGGUACUACUUUCAUCGAUCACCUGCUGCGUUACCAGGCCGAGCCUGAGUGCAAGAUCCUUGUUUUGCUCGGUGAAGUCGGUGGUGUCGAGGAAUACCGCGUUAUUGAGGCCGUCAAGAACGGUACUAUCACCAAGCCCAUCGUCGCCUGGGCCAUCGGUACUUGUGCCAGCAUGUUCAAGACUGAAGUUCAGUUCGGUCACGCCGGUGCCUCGGCCAACUCGGACCUUGAAACCGCUGUUGCUAAGAACAAGGCCAUGAGGGAGGCUGGCAUCUUCGUCCCCGAAACCUUUGAAGACAUGCCCGCAGUUCUCAAGAAGGUUUACGACGAACAGGUUCAGAGGGGUUCCAUCACUCCCCAGCGUGAGCCCGUCCCUCCCAAGAUUCCCAUCGACUACUCUUGGGCCCAGGAAUUGGGUCUUAUCCGUAAGCCCGCUGCCUUCAUCUCUACCAUCUCCGACGACCGUGGUCAGGAGCUUCUGUACGCUGGAAUGCCAAUCUCCGAUGUCUUCAAGGAGGACAUUGGUAUCGGUGGUGUCAUGUCCCUACUCUGGUUCCGCCGCCGCCUCCCCAGCUUCGCUACCAAGUUCUUGGAGAUGGUUCUCAUGCUUACCGCUGAUCACGGUCCCGCCGUGUCUGGUGCCAUGAACACCAUCAUUACCACCCGUGCCGGAAAGGACCUGAUCAGUGCUCUUGUCUCUGGUCUCUUGACCAUUGGUUCUCGCUUCGGUGGUGCCCUGGAUGGCGCUGCUGAAGAGUUCACCAAGGCCUUCGAUAAGGGCAUGAGCCCCCGUGACUUCGUUGACACCAUGCGGAAGGAGAACAAGCUGAUUCCCGGAAUCGGUCACCGUAUCAAGUCCCGCAACAACCCCGAUCUUCGUGUUGAGCUGGUCAAGGACUACGUGAAGAAGCACUUCCCCAGCACCAAGCUGCUGGAUUAUGCUAUUGCUGUUGAGACUGUUACAACCUCCAAGAAGGACAACCUCAUUCUCAACGUCGACGGUUGCAUUGCGGUCUGCUUCGUGGAUCUCAUGCGCAACUGCGGUGCUUUCUCCGCUGAGGAGUCUGAGGACUACAUGAAGAUGGGUGUCCUCAACGGUCUCUUCGUUCUGGGUCGCAGCAUGGGUCUGAUUGCCCAUUUCCUCGACCAGAAGAGACUGCGCACUGGUCUCUACCGACACCCUUGGGAUGAUAUCACUUACCUCCUCCCCGCCCUCCAGAAGGGUGGCUCUGAGGGCCGUGUUGAGGUCAACGUAUAA